GAAGAGCAGUUCACCUUCCGGCAACCCUGCUCUGCUGCUCACAUGCGUUCUAGAUCGUUUUAUUUUCUUGGUUUUCAUUUGCUCGCCAAAUUUUAGCAACGUUGCUGUUUUAAUUGGCUGCACUGCCUGAGGAACGUCAGAGAGCGUCGACCCACUCAGUUUUCAGAAGCUAAGCGAAACGUCCCGAUUUGCUGUAUUUGAAGCGGACCAUGAAAACAACCAAUCUCGGGCUGUACGCUUUCCGUUUAACCUUCGGUCAGGCGCCGUCGUUGUCCACACAGGCCGCGACGCACUGCAGCCAUGGGUACACGACUAGCUCUUCGUCGCCCAACCGUGUGGUGACCCGCUCGGCCACCAUGCUGGCUGUCUUCGGGAUCGCACUCUCGUCGUUCAGCCUGAAACAGCUGCUGGCCAAGAAGCAAAAGCACCAGGGCCUACGCAAGCUCUAAGGUGGAGAUCUUGCCAAGGGGUAGAACGAAGAUUGAAGCCAUGCCAAAAGACCAGCGGCAGGAGGAGCGAUGAGGAGCCAGAGCACCAUGUCCGCAGAUCACACAUUCGAUUAGUUCAAUCAUCCGCCAUCAUCGUGUAUAUUUGCCUAAGUUAAGUCAUCCACUCACCACAAACACAACAGGAAAUCGGACAUGGAGGCUUGUUUUGCAAUGUUCUCGUUAAUCUAAACGGAGACUGAUGCAGGACGAUAAAAUUCUAUACGCAUAUAUAGAUAUAUUUUCUUGUUUACACAUGCACAACAAGCGGGUGCAGCGCCAACUAAAAGGAAUAAAUUUGUGAUAAUCGUGUAUGAUUGUAGCCAUUCAGCAAACAAUCUGAAUGAAGGAAUGGUGGAGAAAAAGAUUUGCUAAAGUUACGGAAAUCCAAAAAUUGUCCUAUAGCCUUUUGUUGCCCUUUUUAGUUUUAUCUAUUUUAUGUGUAAACAAGUCAAUCAUAUAUGUAUAUUUAUUUUAAAGUUGUAUGAAACCCAGAGAAACGACUAAGGGAUAGAACAAAAAUGACUUCGUUGGAUAACAGAGCGCUGAGCAGGCUGCGUCAGUAUCCAAUAAAGAAACUAGUUAUAGUUCCGUAUUCAAAUAAAUGCAUUAUAUUCAAUUGGAAA